AUGGAUGUGAUCACAACCAUUCUGGCUGGUCUUGAAGAAGUAAAGCACCUGGAAUUCGAAAGUAAAUAUCCUAGGAUGAUGAGUAAAGUAUUUGGAGAACACCACAAAGAAUCGUUGAUGAACAUCGUAUCGACCGAGAAUUACAAAAAUGAUCCGAAUUUUGAACUUAGAUAUUCAGAAAUCAAGGACACAGAACCGGUCGUAUUCCUCCUUGAGAUGUCGAAUAUCGUGGUAAAUCUUAUUCUCAAAGCAGUGUUGAGCGAAAAAGUGAUGAAUACUGUUUCGAAGCUAGAGUUCACGUCUGUUGCUAUCGAUGCUGAUAAUUGUAAAUCACUUGGAAAGUUGUCAAAUCUCAAAAUUCUUCGAAUAUGCCCCAAAAUCAUCACCAACGAAUUUCUUUAUAACCUGCCGAUGAAUCUCAAGCUACUGAAUAUUACUGACCUGGAUGCGAUGGAUAGAAAUCUGAUGACUGAACACGAAAUCAAUCCGUCGACUCUUGCUCGACCGAAUAUUAAUCUGAAAGUUUUGGUGAUUGAUGCACAGUUCCUAUAUGAUUUUAACAGUAUUUUAUUAUCGAUACCAUCUCUCGAAGUACUUAAAAUACGGUGUUCACAACCGAUCAAUAUCAAUUUACAAGCACAGAGAGAUAAGAUACGAUUACAGGAACUAUUCAUUGAGUGCAGUGAUGAUCAAAUUAACGAAUAUAAAACAUCGAGGACUACAUCCGAAAUCCAUUGUUUUAUACAAAGCCUUGCACUUUACAUUGAUUUUACAUCGCUUGAACGUCUUA